AUGAUGAUCCAGGAGAAAUUCUGGAACCCUAGACAUGCCAUAUUGCUUUUAGAUGUAAUAAGAAACUGUCAACAUUGUGAGAUCUACCAACGCUUCGUAGACUUACCAGUCGAACUACCCAAAAUGAAAAUAACGCCACCACUUAUCCGAUGGCACCUCGACUUUGCGGGACCUUUGACAACAUGGGAUGAUUUCCAAUACUUUAUAAUCGCAGUAGAUUAUACCUCCAACCUCACAAUUACAAAACCACUAAUUUCACCAAAUUCUAAUGCCGUCACCGAUAUGAUUCUACAAAUAUACAGUAUGUUUGGUAAACCUAGAGCCAUCAUCACGGAUAAUGCACAAGCCUUCAGAUCAGAAAUAGUCGAACAAGAAGUAAAACGACUACAUUUGAAAUAUUAUCAAAGCUCGGUGUAUAAUCCAAGAGGAAACAGCAAAGCUGAAAGAACGAUAAGGAUGAUUAAAAAGGUACUCAUCCACUUAGAACCUGAUUUGAUCAACUGGCCUGCUAAUUUGUAUAACGCAACGAACAUAGUUAAUAAUACUAAAAUGGUCUAUGGCUAUGCACCUUGUGAAAUUGCAUUUGCUAAAACUGCUCAUAUCGAUUACAAAAAAUACCCUUGGGCACCUCGACAAGAAAGACAAUGGAAUAAAAGACCGAACACUGCAGAACAUUUCCAAGAAGAAGAACAAGUCAACUUAGCAAUAUUCGGUCAUAAGUUGUUACAUGAUGCUCGAAAGAUUACAAAAGAUGAACGGUCCAAAGUUCGUGAAAUGUUAUCUAAAGUAAGAACAGAUACACAAAACGACGUGCAAUACAUAGUCGGAGACCCUGUUUAUCGACUACGACAGAAGAAUAAGAAACAUGAACCCACAUGGGAUGGUCCCUAUACAAUUUCACAACAAGUUGGAAACCACACAUAUAAGAUUAAAACCAAAAACGGAAAGGAAAGCAAAUAUACUUACCAUAGUACAAAGCUAAGACCGGCUUAUGCAGAGCAAGGCUCAGCUAUCCGAACGGCAGCAGAGUACACUAGAGUCUACAACGAUCAGGAACGAAAAUAUUACAUCAAGACACUAGAAGAUAUUAUAAAUGACAAGGUUUUCAAUUGA